GCCUAGGACAGCAGGAGGCGGGGCGCACCUGGCUCUCAGGGACACCUGCCCCCGGACACGUGCCCACAGUCAGUCCGCCUCCCCUGACCCCCCGACCGGCCUCGGAGGGGCCCCGCAGCCCGAGCCCAUCUCCGGACCCAGACGUCCCUGCUCCGCGGUCACCUCACCGGGCCCUUCCCUGGACCCCACCCUCCACCUGCCGCGCUCCUGCCCGGAAGCAGGGACUUCCGCGGCGGCGAGACAGGUGCGGACGCCGCCAUGCCCUCGCUCGGGGACCAGGUGCGCGAGUGGCAGCGGGGCGUGCAGGCCGUGGAGCGCGGGGACUGGGGCUGCGCGCUGCGCCUCUUCUCGGGCUUCCCGGAGCCGCCCGCCAAGAUGUGCUUCAACGUGGGCUGCGUGCACCUGCUGGCCGGGGACCCGGAGGCCGCGCUGCGGGCAUUUGACCAGGCCGUGACCAAGGACGCCUGCCUGGCUGUUGGCUUCUUCCAGCGCGGAGUGGCCCGCCUCCAGGUGGGGAGGUCCCAGGAGGCCCUGGCCGACUUCCAGUGGGCCCUGGCCCAGCUGAGGGGGAACGCCGCCAUCGACUACACGCAGCUGGGCCUGCGCUUCAAGCUGCAGGCCUGGGAGGUGCUGUUCAACGUGGCGACUGCGCAGUGCGCACUGGGGCUCUGGGCCGAGGCCGCCCGCAGCCUGGAGGACGCCACCGCCACGGCGCCGGAAGGGGCCCGCGGCGACCUGAGCAUCGCCCUGGCUCAAGUACAGAAACAGGCUCCCCUGCAGCCCCGGCUGGUCCCCAGGGGCGAGGUCUUCCGGCCCCCCCGGCGGCACCUGGAGCGCCUGGAGCGUGUGGACUUCCUGGGCAAGGCCAAGGUGGUGGUGGCCUCUCCUGCGCUCGAGGCCCGAAACCAGGGCGUCUGGCCUCAGCGGCCCCAGGUUCGGGGUGAGGAUGGUGGAGCAGGGCCCCAGGCUGGCCCAAGGGCCCUCGACACAGGCGUCUGCAGAGCCGACACCCCCCCGGGCCCCAGGACGCUCUCCCAUGCAGACCUGGAGGUCGGGUCUGACCAGGCCGGGCGAGCCGGCCCCUGUGCACCCGGCACCCAUGAUGAGCAGAGGCCCCACACGGACCAACUUGGCAAGCAGGUUCCUCUAGGGCUGCUGGCGGCUGGAGGCCCAGACCUCGAACCUUCUGAGGACCCCACGGGUGCUGGGGGUGUGGCUGCCGGGGACCCCGAGUCCUGGGUGACCGUCACGGUGCAGUGCGCCUUCACCCUGGCCCUGCAGGCCCCCCGCGGAGCAGACCUGCCCCAGCUGAGGGCCCUGCUGAGCCAGGCCCUCCCUCUCCAGGCCCAGUGUGGGCAGCUCAGUUACCAAGAGCCCGGUGACAGCGGGCGCUGGGUCCCCCUCCCGGAGGAGGGGCUUCGGGGGGCCUGGCGGGGGGCGGCCUCGGGCCCCGCAGGGCUGCGGCUGCAGUGCCGGGCCGCGGGCGGCCGGCCUGUCCUCUACCAGGUGGUGGCCCAGCACAGCUACUCCGCCCCAGGCCCCGCGGACCUGGGCCUGCAGCCGGGGGACACCGUGGACGUGCUGUGUGAGGUGGACCAGGCCUGGCUGGAGGGCCACUGCGACGGCCGCAUCGGCAUCUUCCCCAAGAGCUUCGUGGUGCCCACGGGCCCGCACUGAGGAGCCGGCGGCCGCCCCCCCACGCCUUACCCCCUGUCCCCCCUC